AUGAAGCUCCUCUCCGUACUCGUUGUUGCAGUAUCGCUCUUCAAAGCUAGCGCUCUCCCCGUCGAGUCAACGGGGGUUGAAAAUGUUAGUCACGUCAAGAACGUAGCAAAAGCCCCACCAUUCACCGGCGGAGUUGCGUUCCCCAAACGACAGAGCGACAAGGACACAAUUAUUAGAGAGAGAGGAAGGAAGGUACAAAAUCAGGCGCAAGUGCCACCUUUUACUGGCGGUGUUGCGUUCCCGAAACGAGAGAGCGAUAAAGAUACGAUAAUUAGAGCGAGGGGCAGGAAGGUUCAGAACCCAGCAAGAGUACCUCCUUUCACAGGAAGCCCCGCAUUCACUGGGAAGUAG